UACUCAUGUUUAUAAAUACUCAGAUGGCAAAGCUAAAAUGCACGUGGAAUCUUGGGAUGAAUUUUCUCAAAUUAAUAGUGAGUUAGACAAUUUGAUACAAAAGUUGUGGGAGGAUGCAAAAUUGCUGAAUGUUUUUAGAUAUACAAUUGAGUAUUUAGAGACUAAAGUAAUAACUGGAAAUUACAAUUUUGUGAUUCAGAAGAAUUGUAACCGGGCAUUUGAAAGAAGAGCUCCACAAUCAUUUCCAAAUAUGCAUCAAAAUUUUAAUGAUAAUAAAUUUAAUUUUACUAAAAUAAAGCCUCAAGAAGUGUUGUUCAAGUUUCUUCACACAAAGGGUGAUGAUUUAGAUGAAGAAAAUUAUAUAAUAAUUAAUGCUAGUCCACUUGAAUAUGGCAACAUAUUAUUUGUUCCUAAACUAUAUGACAAAUUACCACAAAUAUUAACAUAUGAUGCAAUACAAUUAUGUCUCAAAUUUAUGGUGUCAAGUCAUAACAUUACCUUAAGAAUGGCUUAUAACAGUCAGCUUGCUUCAGCUUCUGUAAAUCAUUUACACAUCCACGCAUAUUAUUUGAGAUGGAAUUUAUCCACCGAAAAUAUGAAAUUGGUUCCUCUUGUCGAUACCGAUACAGAUACAAAUGGGAAUAACGCGAGUCAAAUCUCGUAUUUUGUCGAUUUCGAUUAUCCCAUUCUAGGGUUCGCCUUUGUCCUGAAACGCUUAGAAGAUGUCCAGGAUGUAUCGGGGAAAAUUUAUUCCUUGACUUGUUAUCUCGAAUCCGAAGACAUACCCCAUAACAUGUUCAUAACUAGGGGGCGGGAUCCUGAGUCGCCUAAUCACGCGGUGGCCGCGUACGACUGUGUCAGGAUUUAUAUAUGGCCUAGGAAACCUAAUUUCGCUUCCAAAUGUUCUGUUGAUAUCAACGUAGCAGCUUGCGAAAUAUCUGGUCACGUUUUAGUAAAAGAUGAUGCCCACUUUCGAAGUAUCGAUUACUCAGAAAUGGCUGAUAUUCUACGACAAUAUUCCUUCGAUCGUUCCUUCAUCGACAAAGUUGCUCAGAACGUUUUUUUUUUAUAAAAUGAAGAAGAAAAAAAAAAUUCAACGUGUUAUUAAAAAAUUAAAUUUUGGUGAUACAUUUAUAAUUAUUGUCAAUUAUUCUUUCUAAGACGAUUAUCGGACCUUUAAAAAAAAAUAUGAUAAUAAUACCUCAAAUUUCGCAAAAGAGAACCACAAAUUUCAAAUGUUAAAACCAUUGACAUUAAUACUUAACUAAUCUGUGCGCCUCGUUCAUUGGAAUCGUUAAAAUGUGCUUACAGUUCAUUGAAAUCCCCCAUUUAACAAUGGCGUCUUACUACGACUGUUGACAUUGACUAACCGUUGUCUUCGAUGUCUGAAACACUUUUAAAAAGAAUAUAUUGCCAGUCUAGGUUCGUAUUACAAUCAUUAGUUGAUAUCAGGAAAUAUUUUGAUUCAAACAAAAAAAAAUAGCCUUCAGGGGUCAGUAAUUCUAAACGGUGAAACGUUACAUUGAAAUUAUUUUGUAUAUGAUCAUGGCUCCGAUUUAAGGAGAUUUAUAAUAAUUUCAUUUGUCGGGAUCAAAAAAAUAUAAGAAAUUAUUUAUUUAUAACUACAAACAAUUUAAUGAUUCAUGUCGGUGAAUUUGUGAUAUUUUCAUUGUCCGUUUAAUUUAUAAGAACAUGACAAUUACGUUUCUAAGUUAUUUAAUUAUUAUUCGUUAAGAAAUAAUUUAAAUGGUUUGAUUUUUUUUUUAAAU